AUGGACCCCGCUGCUCUUUGCGGGCGGAACGCGGCGCUGAGAUUCGUUGACCCGGGGGGAUCUCUACGUCCCCAUCUCCGCCACCCCCCGCAGUCCGUGCCACGCUGCCCGGGCCUCGCCGCGCACCCCCCCGCCGCCGGGUCCCGCCUCGGCGGGCCGCACCAACACAUGGGGCACCGCCACCAUCCUCAUCUUCCUCCUCAGCAUCACCUCGCAUCCCUAAAGCUCGGCCCUGCCCCUCAGCCCCACCGCCCGCGCCCGGCGGGCUCGGCCCAGCCGCUCUCCGGUCACACAGAAGCGUUCGGCCCGGCGGCGGUCCCCUGCCCCGUGUCCCAUACAGCUGCGGUCAGGGACUCGGCCAUGCCCGGGCUGAGCGAGCAGCACCCCGCUGCCCGAUCUCACCACGGACUGUUUGUCUCGACAACAGGUAGCUGCCCCGGACACCGCGGGCACCACCGCCCCUCGGAAGCCGGGAAUCCCGCGCUGUUCGCUGGACUCCAUGAGCAGCCGCCCCGUGCAGCUCCAGGUGGCCAUCUAAACGGACAGAUAAGGCUGGGGUUACCUGGAGAAAUGUACGCCAAAGCUGAACAUUUCACUCCAGUGCCAGCCUCCAGGACAGAGCCUUUUGCUGCUUCUUCGCUUCAUAGCUACGGUGGCAUGAACCUGAACGUGAACCUGGCUCCGCACCACGGCCCGGGGGCCUUCUUCCGCUACAUGCGGCAGCCCAUCAAACAGGAACUCAUCUGUAAGUGGAUUGAGUUGGAGCAGACUCCCAAAAAAUUAUGCUCGAAAACUUUCAGCACGAUGCACGAGCUGGUGACUCAUGUCACCGUGGAGCACGUUGGAGGACCCGAGCAGUCCAAUCACAUAUGUUUCUGGGAAGAGUGCCCGCGAGAAGGGAAACCUUUCAAGGCCAAAUACAAACUCGUAAAUCACAUCCGAGUCCACACAGGUGAAAAACCUUUCCCCUGCCCUUUCCCAGGCUGUGGCAAAGUGUUUGCCAGAUCAGAGAAUCUCAAAAUACACAAAAGAACUCACACAGGGGAGAAGCCGUUCAAAUGUGAAUUCGAGGGCUGCGACAGACGCUUCGCCAACAGCAGCGACAGGAAGAAGCACUCGCACGUCCACACCAGCGACAAACCCUACAACUGCAAAGUGAGAGGCUGCGACAAGUCCUACACCCACCCCAGCUCCCUGAGAAAACACAUGAAAGUGCACUGCAAAUCCCCUCCUCCCAGCUCCGGCUACGAGUCCUCCACGCCCUCCUUGGUGUCCCCCUCCUCGGACUCCGGCCGGGACCCCCCCGCCUCGUGUUCCCACGCCGAGCCCUCCGCGCCCGCGCCGCCCGCCGCCAACCUGAGCGAAUGGUACGUGUAUGUCUGCCCCGUUGCUCUCAAGCUUAAUACACUCAAUCUGCCCCUCGCUACGGACAUGCUUCUUCCACCCAAGGCCCUUCUGCGGGGCUGGGCUCCGCCGGGCUUCACCCUCGACCCGAGCGGGCUCCGCUCCCCUCAUCCCCCAAAAGGGGCAGCUCCGGGCUCUGCCCGCGCUCCCCUCACCCCCAUCCCCCCGGUAGGACGGGGAAGAACCCCUCUGGCGACCGCCCCACGGAGGGGCUGCGCCGGGGAUGUCACCGCGACCCGCGGCUCCGCUCAGGGCUCGGCUCGAGGGACCCCCCCGCAGCCCCCGGGGGCGGGGAACUUGACACCCGCACGGCCGGGGCCAUGGGCGCUGGGCCAUGGGCCCGGGAAAAUAACUUUGGGGGCCCAGAGGGUGCGGAAAAUACCAAACUACCGAAUCCUGUGUAUAGACAUACAUCUGGAUCUACGUGGCUGCGUCUGUGUGAAACUGUCUGCCUACAGAUGUCCGUAG